CUCUCUCUCUCUAGUUCAUAGCUUCACAUGGCGGAGCUUUUCAUUGCUGUGAUCUUAGUCCUCUGCGUUUUGGUACUGUCAUGGGCCUGGAGUGUGCUGUAUUCAAUAUGGUGGAGGCCCAUGAAGUUGGAGAAAUGCUUCAGGGAACAGGGAAUCGAAGGCCCUCCACGCAUAUGGCUUCAUGGGAACCUGAAAGACGAGGUGAGGAUGAGGAAUGAAGCUUUGUCCAAGCCCAUGAAUCUCUCCCACGACAUCGCGCCACGUGUUGUUCCCUUUGUUCAUCAGACCAUAGAGAAGUAUGGGAAUAUGUCAGUAACAUGGUUUGGAAGAACUCCCAGGAUAAAUGUUAUGGACCCAGAUUUAAUAAAGGAUAUUCUUUCCAACAAAUUUGGACAAUUUGAAAAGCCCAAAUCCAAUCCACUCAUCAGGUUGUUCGUAGAUGGGCUUGUAAGCCACGAGGGAGAAAAGUGGGCCAAACAUAGAAGGAUCAUCAACCCUGCAUUCCAUAUAGAGAAGUUAAAGAGGAUGCUACCAGCAUUUUAUACAAGCUGUUUUGAGAUGAUUACAAAAUGGGAGAAACUGGUUGCCUUGGAAGGUUCCUGUGAAUUGGAUAUAUGGCCUGAGCUCCAAAAUUUAACUGGAGAUGUCAUUUCUAGGACAGCAUUCGGUAGCAGUUAUGAUGAAGGCAGGAGAAUAUUUCAACUUCAAAAUGAACAAGCUAAGAUUGUUAUGGAUGUUGCCUUGUCCAUAUACAUACCAGGUUACAGAUUGCUACCAACAAAAAGGAACAAUAGGAUGAAGGAAAUUGACAGAGAAGUGAGAGGUCUACUGAGAAGAAUCGUCAAUAAGAGAGAGAAGGCUAUAAAGCUAGGGGAGGCUAGUAAAGAUGACUUACUAGGCUUACUUCUAGAAUCCAAUUUUAAGGAGAUUCGAGAACAUGGCAAUGAAAAGAACAUAGGCAUGAACGUUGAUGAAGUGAUAGAGGAAUGCAAACUAUUUUACUUUGCAGGACAAGAGACAACAUCAAAUUUGCUUGUGUGGACCAUGGUUGUAUUGAGUAUGCAUCCAGAGUGGCAAAUGCGUGCAAGGGAAGAAGUGUUGCAAUCCUUUGGAAAAGAUAAGCCGGAUUUUGAUGGGAUAAACCAUUUGAAAGUUGUAUCCAUGAUCCUGUAUGAAGUUCUUAGAUUAUAUCCACCAGCAGUUGCGCUUACUAGGCAGACUUACAAGAAGGUGAAAUUAGGAGAUGUCUAUUUGCCUCCUAGAGUAGAACUCUCGUUGCCCACAAUUCUCAUCCAUCACAGUAGAGAACUAUGGGGCGAAGAUGCGCAAGAAUUUAAACCAGAGAGGUUUUUAGGAGGAGUUUCAAAGGCAGCAAAUAAUCAAGUCUCGUUCAUCCCAUUUGGUUGGGGUCCUCGGAUAUGCAUAGGCCAAAACUUUGCCAUGAUAGAAGCAAAGAUGGCAUUGGCCUUGAUUUUACAACAUUUUUCAUUUGAGCUCUCCCCCUCUUAUGCUCAUGCUCCUUGUACUAUCAUAACUCUUCAACCUCAAUAUGGGGCCCAAAUCAUCUUACAUAAACUAUGAUAUGUAGAGAUAAAGAGAGUUAGCUGAGAGGGCUAUUUCUAUUUAUUUACCUCUUGUUGUAUUUUAUUUUCUUCUUGUACACUAUCUUCUCUUGUACUCUAAGGACAAUUUGGUCUUUUUACUUUUUAAUAUAAAUUUCUCUCUUAGGGUGUCGAGCUCCAUAUUGGACACACCUACA